AGCAGCCAACCACAGCCUCUGGCCACAAGGAGAGCGGGGCACAGGAGCAGGAAGCCAGCCACCACCAUGAGCAGCACUCUGUCACCCACAGACUUUGACAGCUUGGAGAUCCAGGGCCAGUACAGCGACAUCAACAACCGCUGGGACCUUCCUGACUCAGACUGGGACAAUGACAGCAGCUCAGCCCGCCUCUUUGAGAGGUCUCGCAUUAAGGCUCUGGCAGAUGAACGAGAAGCCGUACAGAAGAAAACCUUCACCAAGUGGGUAAACUCGCACCUGGCCCGGGUCACGUGCCGGGUGGGGGACCUGUACAGCGACCUCCGGGAUGGACGCAACCUGCUGAGGCUCCUCGAGGUGCUCUCCGGAGAGACACUGCCAAAGCCCACAAAGGGCCGCAUGCGGAUCCACUGUCUGGAGAACGUGGACAAGGCAUUGCAGUUCCUCAAGGAGCAGAAAGUGCACUUGGAAAACAUGGGCUCCCAUGACAUUGUGGACGGAAACCACCGACUGACCCUUGGGCUGGUCUGGACCAUCAUCCUUCGAUUCCAGAUCCAAGACAUCAGUGUGGAGACAGAAGACAACAAGGAGAAGAAGUCAGCCAAGGAUGCCCUGCUUCUGUGGUGCCAGAUGAAGACUGCAGGUUAUCCCAACGUCAAUGUACACAACUUCACCACCAGCUGGAGGGAUGGACUAGCCUUCAACGCCAUCGUGCAUAAACACCGGCCAGACCUGCUGGAUUUUGAGUCUCUGAAGAAGUGUAAUGCACACUAUAAUCUGCAGAAUGCAUUCAAUCUGGCUGAAAAGGAACUGGGACUUACCAAGCUGCUGGAUCCCGAAGAUGUGAAUGUGGACCAGCCAGAUGAGAAGUCGAUCAUUACCUAUGUGGCUACUUACUACCAUUACUUCUCCAAGAUGAAGGCCCUGGCAGUGGAAGGCAAGAGAAUUGGCAAGGUGCUGGACCAUGCCAUGGAGGCAGAGCGCCUGGUGGAGAAAUACGAGUCCUUGGCCUCGGAGCUGCUGCAGUGGAUCGAGCAAACGAUUGUGACCCUCAAUGACCGGCAGCUGGCCAACUCCCUGAGUGGGGUCCAGAACCAGCUGCAAUCCUUCAACUCCUACCGCACCGUGGAGAAGCCGCCCAAGUUUACUGAGAAAGGCAACUUGGAAGUGCUGCUCUUCACCAUCCAGAGCAAGCUUCGGGCCAACAACCAGAAGGUCUACACGCCCCGCGAGGGCCGGCUCAUCUCGGACAUCAACAAGGCUUGGGAGCGGCUGGAGAAGGCAGAGCAUGAGCGUGAGUUGGCCCUGCGCACCGAGCUCAUCCGCCAGGAGAAGCUGGAGCAGCUGGCCGCCCGCUUCGACCGCAAGGCUGCUAUGCGGGAGACCUGGCUCAGCGAGAACCAGCGCCUCGUGUCCCAGGACAACUUUGGGCUGGAGCUGGCAGCUGUCGAGGCAGCAGUACGGAAGCACGAAGCCAUUGAGACGGACAUCGUGGCCUACAGCGGCCGGGUGCAGGCGGUGGACGCCGUGGCUGCAGAGCUGGCCGCCGAGCGCUACCACGACAUCAAGCGUAUCGCCGCUCGGCAGCACAACGUGGCACGGCUCUGGGACUUCUUGAGGCAGAUGGUGGCCGCCCGGCGGGAGCGGCUCCUCCUCAACCUGGAGCUACAGAAGGUGUUCCAGGACCUGCUCUACCUCAUGGACUGGAUGGAAGAGAUGAAGGGCCGGCUGCAGUCUCAGGACCUGGGCAAGCACCUGACAGGAGUGGAGGACCUGCUGCAGCUGCACGAGCUGGUGGAGGCAGACAUCGCCGUGCAGGCCGAGAGGGUGCGGGCCGUCAGCGCCUCUGCCCUGCGCUUCUGCAACCCAGGGAAAGAGUAUAGACCUUGCGACCCGCAGCUGGUGUCAGAGCGGGUAGCGAAGCUAGAGCAGAGCUAUGAGGCACUGUGCGAGUUGGCAGCGGCACGGCGGUCCCGGCUGGAGGAGUCACGGCGGCUCUGGCGUUUCCUCUGGGAGGUGGGCGAAGCUGAGGCCUGGGUGCGGGAGCAGCAGCACCUCCUGGCCUCAGCCGACACGGGCCGGGACCUGACCGGUGUCCUCCGCCUGCUCAACAAGCACACAGCCCUGCGGGGUGAGAUGAGCGGCCGGCUGGGGCCCCUGAAGCUCACCCUGGAGCAGGGCCAGCAGUUGGUGGCCGAGGGUCACCCUGGGGCAAGCCAGGCCUCUGCCCGUGCAGUUGAGCUCCAAGCCCAGUGGGAGCGGCUAGAGGCCCUGGCCGAGGAGCGUGCCCAGCGGCUGGCCCAAGCUGCCAGCCUCUACCAGUUCCAGGCCGAUGCAAACGACAUGGAGGCCUGGUUGGUAGACGCACUGCGCCUGGUGUCCAGCCCCGAGCUGGGUCACGACGAGUUCUCCACGCAGGCUCUAGCCAGGCAGCAUCGGGCCCUGGAGGAGGAGAUCCGAAGCCACCGGCCAACCCUGGACGCUUUGAGGGAACAGGCAGCAGCCCUGCCUCCCGCACUGAGCCACACGCCCGAGGUGCAGGGUCGGGUGCCCACCCUGGAGCGGCACUACAAGGAGCUGCAGGCCCAGGCAGGCGAGCGAGCGCAGGCCCUGGCGGCAGCCCAAGCGCUCUACACCAUGCUCAGCGAGGCCGGGGCCUGCGGGCUUUGGGUGGAGGAGAAGGAGCAGUGGCUCAACGGGCUGGCCCUGCCUGAGCGCCUGGAGGACCUGGAGGUGGUGCAGCAGAGGUUCGAGACCCUGGAGCCUGAAAUGAACACCCUUGCAGCACAAAUCACCGCGGUGAAUGUCAUUGCCGAGAAGUUACUGAAGGCCAGCCCCCCAGGCAAGGACCGCAUUGUCAACACCCAGGAGCAGCUCAACCACAGGUGGCAGCAGUUUCGGUCCCUGGCAGAUGGUAAGAAGGCAGCUCUGACCUCAGCCCUGAGCAUCCAGAACUACCACUUAGAGUGUACGGAGACCCAGGCCUGGAUGAGAGAGAAGACCAAGGUCAUCGAGUCCACCCAGGGCCUAGGCAACGAUCUGGCUGGGGUGCUGGCCCUGCAGCGCAAGCUGGCUGGCACGGAGCGGGACCUGGAGGCCAUUGCUGCCCGGGUCGGUGAACUGACUCGAGAGGCAAAUGCCCUGGCUGCCGGCCAUCCUGCUCAGGCAGCGGCCAUCAACGCCCGGCUCAGAGAAGUGCAGACCGGCUGGGAGGACCUCAGGGCCACCAUGCGGCGUCGAGAAGAGUCGCUGGGGGAGGCGCGGCGGCUGCAGGACUUCCUGCGCAGCUUGGAUGACUUCCAGGCCUGGCUAGGCCGUACUCAGACUGCUGUGGCCUCUGAAGAAGGGCCAGCCACCCUGCCUGAGGCAGAGGCCCUCCUGGCCCAACACGCAGCCCUUCGGGGAGAGGUGGAGCGGGCCCAGGGCGAGUACAGCCGGCUGCGAGCCCUGGGCGAGGAGGUGACCCGGGACCAGGCUGACCCCCAGUGCCUCUUCCUACGACAGCGACUGGAGGCCCUGGGAACUGGCUGGGAGGAGCUGGGCCGAAUGUGGGAGAGCCGGCAAGGUCGCCUGGCCCAGGCCCACGGCUUCCAGGGAUUCCUGCGGGAUGCUCGUCAGGCUGAGGGCGUACUCAGCAGCCAGGAAUAUGUUCUGUCUCACACGGAGAUGCCAGGGACACUCCAGGCUGCUGAUGCUGCCAUUAAAAAAUUGGAGGACUUCAUGAGCACCAUGGACGCCAAUGGGGAACGGAUCCACGGGCUCCUGGAGGCUGGGCGCCAGCUGGUGUCUGAAGGCAAUAUCCAUGCCGACAAGAUUCAGGAAAAGGCAGACUCCAUCGAGAGGAGGCACAGGAAGAAUCAAGACGCAGCACAGCAGUUUCUGGGCCGUCUUCGGGACAACCGGGAGCAGCAGCAUUUCCUGCAAGAUUGUCACGAGCUGAAGCUCUGGAUUGAUGAGAAGAUGCUAACAGCCCAGGACGUGUCCUACGACGAGGCCCGCAACCUGCAUACCAAGUGGCAGAAGCACCAGGCGUUCAUGGCUGAACUGGGUGCCAACAAAGACUGGCUGGACAAGGUGGACAAGGAGGGGCGGGAGCUGACUCUUGAGAAGCCAGAGCUGAAAGCCCUGGUGUCGGAGAAGCUGGGGGACCUGCACAGGCGCUGGGACGAGCUGGAGACCACCACCCAAGCCAAGGCCCGCAGCCUCUUUGAUGCCAACCGAGCUGAGCUGUUUGCCCAGAGCUGCUGUGCCCUGGAGAGCUGGCUGGAGAGCCUGCAGGCCCAGCUGCACUCGGAUGACUACGGCAAGGACCUCACCAGCGUCAACAUCCUGCUCAAAAAGCAGCAGAUGCUGGAAUGGGAGAUGGCUGUGAGAGAGAAGGAAGUGGAGGCAAUCCAGGCCCAGGCCAAAGCGCUGGCCCAGGAGGACCAGGGUGCAGGGGAGGUGGAGAGGACCUCGAGGGCUGUGGAAGAGAAGUUCAGGGCCUUGUGCCAGCCCAUGCGGGAACGCUGCCGGCGCUUGCAGGCUUCUCGCGAGCAGCACCAGUUCCACCGGGAUGUGGAGGAUGAGAUUUUGUGGGUGACAGAGCGGCUGCCCAUGGCCAGCUCCAUGGAGCAUGGCAAGGACCUACCCAGUGUCCAGCUUCUCAUGAAGAAAAACCAGACUCUGCAGAAGGAGAUUCAGGGCCAUGAGCCCCGGAUCGCGGACCUGAGGGAGCGGCAGCGUGCUCUAGGUGCAGCAGCAGCAGGCCCGGAGCUGGCCCAGCUGCAGGAAAUGUGGAAACGCCUGGGCCACGAGCUGGAACUUCGAGGGAAGCGACUCGAGGAGGCCCUGCGAGCCCAGCAGUUCUACCGUGAUGCCGCCGAGGCGGAGGCCUGGAUGGGCGAGCAGGAAUUACACAUGAUGGCCCAGGAGAAAGCCAAGGAUGAGCUGAGUGCCCAGGCAGAGGUGAAGAAGCACCAGGUGCUGGAGCAAGCCCUGGCCGACUACGCGCAGACCGUCCACCAGCUGGCGGCCAGCAGCCAGGACAUGAUUGACCAUGAGCACCCAGAGAGCACGCGGAUAUCCAUCCGCCAAGCCCAGGUGGACAAGCUGUAUGCUGGCCUGAAGGAGCUGGCGGGAGAGCGGCGGGAGCGCCUGCAGGAGCACCUCCGGCUGUGCCAGCUCCGCCGCGAGCUGGAUGACCUAGAGCAGUGGAUCCAGGAGCGCGAGGUCGUGGCGGCCUCCCACGAGCUGGGCCAGGACUACGAGCAUGUGACUAUGCUCCGAGACAAAUUCCGAGAGUUCUCCCGGGACACGAGCACCAUCGGUCAGGAGCGCGUAGAUAGCACCAAUGCACUGGCCAAUGGACUCAUUGCUGGGGGCCAUGCUGCACGGGCCACCGUGGCCGAGUGGAAGGACAGUCUCAACGAAGCCUGGGCUGAUCUGCUUGAGCUGCUGGACACGCGGGGUCAGGUGCUGGCCGCGGCGUACGAGCUGCAGCGCUUCCUGCACGGGGCACGCCAAGCCCUGGCGCGGGUGCAGCACAAGCAGCAGCAGCUUCCAGACGGGACUGGCCGUGACCUCAACGCUGCCGAGGCCCUACAGCGCCGACACUGUGCCUACGAGCACGACAUCCAGGCCCUCAGCGCCCAGGUCCAGCAGGUGCAGGACGAUGGCCACCGGCUCCAGAAGGCAUAUGCUGGAGACAAGGCUGAGGAGAUCGGCCGCCACAUGCAGGCCGUGGCUGAGGCCUGGGCUCAGCUUCAGGGAAGCUCUGCCGCCCGCCGGCAGCUGCUGCUGGACACCACGGACAAGUUCCGCUUCUUCAAGGCUGUCCGGGAACUGAUGCUCUGGAUGGAUGAGGUCAACCUGCAGAUGGAUGCCCAGGAGCGUCCCCGGGAUGUGUCCUCCGCGGAUCUAGUCAUCAAGAACCAGCAAGGCAUCAAGGCAGAGAUAGAGGCCCGGGCGGACCGCUUCUCCUCCUGCAUCGACAUGGGGAAGGAGCUGCUGGCCAGGAGCCACUAUGCGGCCGAGGAGAUCUCAGAGAAGCUGUCUCAGCUGCAGGCACGGCGCCAGGAGACGGCUGAGAAGUGGCAGGAGAAGAUGGACUGGCUUCAGCUGGUUUUGGAGGUGCUCGUGUUUGGAAGAGAUGCAGGGAUGGCAGAAGCCUGGCUGUGCAGCCAGGAGCCACUGGUGCGCAGCGCUGAGCUGGGUUGCACGGUUGACGAAGUUGAGAGCCUCAUCAAGCGGCACGAGGCCUUCCAGAAGUCAGCAGUGGCCUGGGAGGAGCGAUUCUGUGCACUGGAGAAGCUUACUGCGCUAGAGGAGCGGGAGAAGGAGCGAAAGAGAAAGAGGGAGGAGGAGGAGCGAAGGAAACAGCCGCCUGCUCCUGAACCCACAGCCAGUGUGCCUCCAGGGGACCUGGUGGGUGGCCAGACAGCUCCUGACACCACCUGGGACAGAACCCAGCUACGGCCACCAUCCACACAAGCCCCCAGUGUUAAUGGAGUCUGCACAGAUGGAGAGCCCUCACAGCCCCUGCUGGGACAACAGAGACUUGAGGACAGCAGCUCCCCCGAAGGGCCGGGACCUGGCCCAGGGGAUGAAGCCAAUGGGCCCCGGGGAGACAGGCAGACCCGGACUCGGGGCCCGGCCCCACCUGCGAUGCCCCAGAGCAGGUCCACCGAGUCAGCCCACGCUGCCACCCUGCCUCCUCGAGGCCCAGAGCCGUCUGCCCAGGAGCAGAUGGAGGGGGUACUGUGUCGCAAGCAGGAGAUGGAGGCCUUCGGGAAGAAGGCUGCCAACAGGUCCUGGCAGAACGUGUACUGUGUCCUGCGGCGUGGGAGCCUCGGCUUUUACAAGGAUGCCAAGGCAGCCAGCGCGGGAGUGCCAUACCACGGAGAAGUGCCUGUCAGCCUGGCCAGGGCCCAGGGCAGCGUCGCCUUUGAUUACCGAAAGCGCAAACACGUCUUCAAGCUGGGCUUACAGGAUGGAAAAGAAUAUUUAUUCCAGGCCAAGGAUGAGGCAGAGAUGAGCUCGUGGCUACGGGUGGUGAACGCAGCCAUUGCCACUGCGUCUUCUGCCUCUGGAGAGCUCGAAGAGCCAGUGGUGCCCAGCACCACCCGGGGCAUGACCCGGGCCAUGACUAUGCCCCCAGUGUCACCUGUCGGGGCUGAGGGGCCUGUUGUGCUCCGCAGCAAAGACGGCAGAGAACGAGAGCGAGAAAAACGCUUCAGCUUCUUCAAGAAGAAUAAGUAGCUGGGGGCAAGGUCCCAGGCCAGCUCCUUCCCUCCGUUCAGCAAACUGCCAGGGACAGUCGACAGGGACCACCUUCUUGUCAGGACAACUGCCUGCUGCUAGGGUCUGUUGCCAAGGUCAACCCAUCACCAGGAACUGUCACUGGGCAGUUCCUUCUCUUCUGCUGUUUAAUUCCAGACUGGUGGUGGGACCCAGGCAACCCCCUCUCCCACCCCCGCCGACUUCUCCCCUCUUUCCCCAGCCUCGUGCCUCUGUCUCUCACCAAGGUGCGGACAGUGCCGCACCCUCAACAUAGGCCAUGUGGGGAGUGACUGCCCCUGCCUCAGGGUCAUUCUCCCACCACAGCGAGGGCACUCGCCUUCUGCCUUCUGGUUCCUCACCCCUCGGACCAGCCAGGAACCUCUCAGAGCUGAAGCAGGCCCUGGGGGCAGGAGUGCCAGAUGAUAGGCGCAGGAGCCCUCCCUCCCCAUCCCCACCCUCUAACUCCAGCUGCCACUCCAUCUCCAGCUGCUCUCAAUGGCUUUCAAGGUGUGUUGUUCAGGGACAGCCACCGCCUUGAGUCUGGCCAAGGAGGUGAUUAAACAGCUCAGCUUCUC